GUUGCACAAGUUUCAAGAUUUAUUAAACAAGAUCAUUCAUGGGCACUCAUGAAUUACAUGAUUUCUUGAACAACUUCUACAUCCCUGAUCAUUUCCUUAAUCUUGUUCCUCACUCAGAGGAACAAACAGUUGCACCAUCGUGCCCUGUUCUCGUAUUCAUUAACUCCAAAAGUGGGGGUCAGUUGGGCGGGGAUCUACUCCUCACAUAUCGUUCUCUUCUAAACAAAAAUCAGGUUAUUGAUUUGCAUGAAGAAACUCCUGACAGUGUAUUGAGGAGAGUUUAUCUAAACUUAGAGAAGCUGAAGAACAAUGGUGAUAAAUGUGCUUCAGAAGUUUUUGACAAAUUGAAAAUCAUUGUUGCUGGUGGCGAUGGAACAGCUGGGUGGGUUCUCGGUGUUGUUUCAGAUCUUAAAUUGUCUAAACCGCCACCAAUUGCUUCUGUGCCCCUUGGAACUGGAAAUAACCUCCCUUUUGCAUUUGGUUGGGGGAAGAGGAAUCCGGGAACUGAUGCUAAGUCAGUGGUGGCAUUCUUAGAACAAGUGAUGAAUGCCAAAGAAAUUAGUAUAGACAGUUGGCAUAUUCUCCUGAAAAUGAGGGCUGCUUCUUCUUCUGAUCCUCUUCAGCUACCACCUUCCAUGCAUAAAUUCUCUAGGACUUCUUCAUCAGACACUCAAAAUAGCGACGAUUUCCAUACAUUUCGAGGAGGGUUCUGGAAUUAUUUCAGCAUGGGAAUGGAUGCUCAAGUGUCAUACGCUUUUCAUUCCGAGCGUAAGCUUCACCCCGAAAAAUUCAAGAACCAGUUGAUUAAUCAGGGUACUUAUGCAAAGCUUGGUUGUACACAAGGAUGGUUUUGUGCUCCUCUUUGCCAUCCUUCUUCAAAGAAUAUAGGUCAGCUUGCGAAAAUUAAGAUCAUGCUGAACCGAAAAUCAGAAUGGAAAGAAAUCUCUAUACCGUCAAGUAUAAGAUCUAUCGUCUGUCUCAACUUGCCAAGCUUCUCAGGUGGUCUGAAUCCUUGGGGAACACCAAACCAGAAGAAAAAUCGGGAUAGAGACUUCACUCCGCCAUAUGUAGAUGAUGGUCUUAUUGAAGUUGUUGGUUUCAGAGAUGCUUGGCAUGGCCUUGUUUUGUAUGCUCCAAAGGGCCAUGGGAUUCGUCUUGCACAGGCUCACAGGAUCAGAUUUGAAUUUCACAAAGGUGCAGCAGGCCAUACAUUUAUGAGGAUGGACGGUGAGCCUUGGAAACAACCGCUCCCAGUUGAUGACAACAUAGUUGUAGUCGAGAUCUCUCAUCUUGGUCAAGUGAAAAUGCUUGCUACCCCCCAAUGCAUAUCUAGAAGUAUCAAUGACCCAUCAUCACCACCAAGUCUUCAGGAAGAAGCUGAUGAUGAUUAUUAUUAUGAAGUGGAAGAAGUUGAAGAACAAUGGAGAAAAUUUGGAGCAGCUGACACAUUUAAGAUCCCAAAUGAGGUUGACAUUUCUCAUUUCAUUUAGGCCAGAAAA